UUCACACAUGAAGCUAUAGAUGGCAAAGUUGUUCUCGAGCGUGAUUGCUUGAUGGGGGCGUUUACCUACAUAAGUCCUUUGAGGGUCUUUUAGCGUUUUAAAACCCUAGACCAUUCUGGCAAUGGUCUAGGGUAAUAGAAGAAUUUCGGAAGAAAACGUCGUACCUUUAGAUUACAAGUUUGAAACCGAAAUAAAAAGAAACAGAGCUGGCGGCUGGUCAAGCAGGCCCUUCUGGGUCUGGAAUUGCGCCCGUAACUCCGGGCAAAAGACCCGGGAGAAUGGGCAUUGCUGAUGAUAGCAGAGGUGUAUCACAAGGUCGACCCGAAACUACAAGAGGUGGAUUAAGAGUGUACAAAAUAGUGGUAUUGGGAGACGGGGGGGUUGGGAAAUCAGCUCUAACUCUACAGUUCGUCAACCAUAGGUUUUUGGAUUAUCACGACCCAACUAUUGAAGAUGCAUACCAACAACAAGCUGUAAUUGAUGGUGAAGCAUCACAACUGGAUAUACUGGAUACUGCGGGCCAGGUGGAGUUCACUGCUAUGAGAGAUCAGUAUAUGAGAUGUGGGGAAGGUUUUAUGAUAUGUUAUUCUGUAACUGACAGACACAGCUUCCAGGAAGCUGUUGAGUACCGAAAGUUGAUAAAUCGUGUAAGAGCCUCUGAAGAUAUUCCUCUAGUGCUUGUGGGAAAUAAAUUUGAUCUACAGCAUCAGAGGAAGGUCUCACCAGAAGAAGGCCGUGCCUUGGCAGCCCAAUUCGGGUGUCCAUUCUACGAGACAUCGGCAGCUUUACGACAUUUUGUUGAUGAUGCGUUCCAUACUUUAGUGCGUGAGAUUCGACUCAAAGAACGUGACAGACGUCAUACAACUACUAAACUGAAUAAACACAGUCGAUGGCGACGACUGCGCUCGAUACUUGCCAUCGUCUUUAGGCGUAAACGUAAUUUCUCUCAGUAAGAAAAUGGUUACACUCCCAGACAAACAGCUUUACAAUUAAAAUGGCAGAUACCAUUAGCAUUUUGUGUGUUCUUUUUAAGUCAUUUUCUUCUUCCUCCCUUUCUCUGUGAACUUAGAUUAUAGUGGAUAACUUUAAGAUCUCAUGAUUUUCGUGUCACUUUUAUGUAAUAUCAGGACAGUUGCUUUUGAUAUUCAUAUUUAUUUUGUUAAUAUUUUACAUCUGUGUAAAAAUGUAAUCAUAAUGAUGUUGUAUGUUACAACAUGGAAGUACAAAACAUCCUUUGUUGGCAAGUUUGCCAAUGUGAAGGAAGAACAUAUAAACUUAAAUACAUUUUAUAAUAAGGUUAAUUCAUUUUGAUUAUGUUUCAAUAAAACAUAAAAUAUUUGCUUAAAUGUUGGGUACUAGUUCCCGUUCUGGGACUUGCGUACAUAGAGAGAACCUCGAAUCGUCACUCUGAUCACUGAGGAAUGUAUAUGCAUAUGUAUCACAACAAUAGGCCAUAAGCAUGAAGUAUCCAGUUUACGUGGCUUUCUGAGAAGUAUAUUAACAUUAACCCUGAAGCGAAAAAUCCCACCAUGAAUUACUAUUGUAACUUGUAGGAAAUAUUUCCAAGCACAAUUUCAAUAGUUUUGUUGGAUAUUUUCUAUAUGAAGACAAUGCCAGUCUCUUAGUUUAAUUUGCAGUUAAUAUAGUAUGAAAGUUUUGAUGAAUGAAGACCAGUUUCUUUCCCUCACCAUAUUCUGCUCACUGGAAAACUGAAAGUGAACCAUGGAAUUGUGAAUGUAAUCAGUGAAAUUUCAUGCAUGUAGUUUAACUUAUUGUACUGGUAUUUGGGUUGUGACUGUUCCUGCUGGUUGAGGUGAAGUACUAUGAAACUGGGUAGUCCAAAAAUAACAAUAAAAGUGAAUAUCAAUAAUUAAAAAAGUAUUGAUGGUAUCACAGAAUGGUUUUCAUACAACUGCUUAUGACGUGGAAUAAUGCUUUAAAUAAAACAGAAAGAAGUAACAUGCUAGUUAAAUUUUUCACAUAAUUUGAGUCAGUAAUAUCCUACAUUUCAGCUGUGACCAAUUACAUUUCAGUUAAAUUAAAUUAAAUGUGUACUUCAUCUGUCCAGUGGGCAUUCAAAAGCUAGUUUUCAUAAUUUUCUAUUUGAGCCUGCUGGGAAAUCCAUUUUACUACUGAUGGGUGACAGCUCCAGACACAAAUAACAGUAUCAACUCCCAGUUAAAAAUUUAUCUAGUCUGGUAAUACAGUUUUCAUUGUCAAAAGAAAAAUCCAGCACAUAUCUGUGGAAACCACAGAGUGCUAUUAAUGAUACCUCCUUACUUAUUGAGAUUUUAUGUCUAAUUACAAGUAUUUACUCCUUCCCCGUCCCUGCAUAUUUUACUGUAUAAUAAGAUGGUUAUAAUAGAAGGAAACAUUCCACGAAGGAAAAAUAUACUUAA